CUCCCUCUCCAGUUUCCAACCCCAAAUCUUUGGAGCCAAAAUCAGCCGCCGCUUACGCUACUUAGUAUAUAUAUUAUAAAUUUUAUUAUUUACAUUUUUUACACAUAUAUUAAUAUAUAUUUAUAUUUUAACACCCCAUCCUUUAGUUUACUAGACGUUAUUAGUUUACGAAACCUAUACCUUUGUGCCCUACACGCAGCUCAGUUUUCCUUUCCUGCAAUCCACCAUUGAUCCUCCACUGGGAUUUUUUUCCGGGGUUUUCUCCCACACAAUUCGUUUUCGCUUUCUUGCACUAUAGACUCGAAGAGUGGACGCACAAAUGUUUAUUUUUUUUCCCUUUUAUUAUUCUGAAAGGGAAAAACUGAAACGUGCGAAUUUUAAAGGUUUCCGUUUCUCUGAUUACUUCAAUUAGGGUUUCGCUUCGAAUUUUAGGGUUUAUAGUCUCAUCCAUCCAAGUAUGGAUCGUGUCGCUGGAUCUUUUAUUCAAAUUUGAAGUGUAUAUAAUCAGAAUCUUACAUGUUCGAUUCAAUUUUUUUUCCUGGUCUGAAAUUAGGGUUUGGCUAGUUAGGCGUCGAGGAAAUUGAUUGGAAUUGAGUACUUCGAUGAUGAUUGUCAAAAAGACUAUGAAAGUUGAAAUGCCGAAUCUGAAGCGAUGUAAGAUGGGAAAGCCUUGCAGUGAAUACGAGGAGGACUACGAGUGUGUGUUGAUUCCAAAGAAACGAAAAACAAACAGAUACGAUUCAUAUUCAAUUGAUAUGUACAGUGACGUUGAUGAUUUUAGCAGUGGUUCGGGUUCUUGGGUCGGCGAGAGAUCCUAUUGGGCUAAUGAAGUGCAGUCUAAUUCGAAGAGAUCGAAGAAUCGGAGCAUGGAGAGGUCUCGGCCACCAGUAUCGAGAUCUUCAAGGGGGCGGGUCCAGAUACUUCCAUCGAGGUUUAAUGACUCGAUUGUUAACAUGCGGAAGAAUGGGCAACGCAGACCUGACGACACUGAAUCGAGCUCUGAGGAGGAUGAAUUUUUAGGAGACAGAGAGAAUUUUGAUCUUAAGAGAUGUAAAUAUAGUAAAAGGGAAUUUGUAAAGGAUAAAGUUGGAUUUAGGAAUUAUAAUUCCUAUCCAUUUUGUGGACCGGAAGGAAAUGGAGAAGUGGGCUGUGCAGGGUUCAAGAGUUUUGAGUAUAAAAGCGGUAAUGCUAAUAAUUUGAGGUCUCAUAGUUCAUUGAUAGACAGUGAGGAGUAUGCGUCCAGAUUUGGGUAUACGAGUUUGGAGAAAAUGAAAAGAGAAGGGGCAGGGAAGAGGAAGGAUGUCUACAAGCCGGAGGACUUUGCUUUGGGAGAUUUAGUUUGGGCAAAAUGCGGCAAGAGAUAUCCAUGGUGGCCAGCCAUUGUGAUAGAUCCCAUAUUGCAAGCUCCUGAAGCUGUUCUCAGUUGUUGUAUUCCUGGCGCUCUUUGUGUGAUGUUUUAUGGGUAUUCUAAAAAUGGAACACGAAGGGACUAUGCGUGGUUGAAGCAAGGGAUGCUAUUUCCUUUUGCAGAAUUCGUGGAUAGAUUUCAAGAUCAGACCCAAUUGUACAAGUGCAAGAUGAGUGACUUUCAGAUGGCACUAGAAGAGGCGGUUUUAGCUGAAAGUGGUUUCCUGGGCACUAGGAGUGGUGCUGCGCAUGGUGCACAUCCAGAAGUUCACCUCAGUGGGUUCCAAGAGGCUAGUAUUUCAAGUCAAGAUCAAGAUUUUUGUGCUCAGUAUCAGGAUGCAUGUUACAAGGAAAUGAGGCGCUGUGACAGUUGUAACCUGGUCUUACCCUGCAAAACUAUCAAGAAAAUGAAGGGCUCAAUGCUUCAAACUGAGCGUAUAUGCAAACAUUGUGCUAAGUUAAGAAAGUCAAAACAAUGUUGUGGCAUAUGCAAUAAGAUUUGGCACCAUUCAGAUGGUGGAAAUUGGGUAUGUUGUGAUGGUUGUAAUGUUUGGGUGCAUGCUGAGUGUGACAACAUUUCCCGCAAACUAUUUAAGAAUCUGGAGAACAGUGAUUAUUAUUGUCCUGAUUGCAAAAUAAAGUUUAAAUUUGAACUAUCUGCUUUAGAGAGAAGAAUGCCGCCAGUCAAGUCUAAAGGACAAGCUAUACCCCCUGACGAAGUAACUGUGGUGUGCAAUGGGAUGAAAGGAACAUAUAUUCCAAAACUUCAUUCAAUUGUGUGCAAGUGCGGUUCGUGUGGGUCACGGAAGCAAACACCUAGCGAAUGGGAAAGACACACAGGGUGCAGAGCUAAAAAAUGGAAGUACAGUGUGAAAGUCAAGGAUACAAUGUUGCCGCUGGAAAAAUGGAUUGCUGAGUAUAAUGAACAUGGUGUUGAUCCUGCUAAAUUAGAUAAGCAGAAGCUACUUUCGUUUUUGCAAGAAAAGUAUGAGCCUGUGUAUGCAAAAUGGACAACAGAAAGAUGUGCUAUUUGCAGAUGGGUUGAAGAUUGGGAUGUUAACAAAAUUAUAAUCUGCAACAGGUGUCAAAUAGCUGUCCACCAAGAAUGCUAUGGAGCAAGGAACGUUGAAGAUCUUACUUCAUGGGUGUGCAGAGCAUGUGAAACUCCUGAUAUUGAGAGGGAGUGUUGCCUUUGUCCUCUCAAAGGAGGUGCUUUAAAGCCAAGUGAUAUUGAGAUGCUGUGGGUUCACGUCACAUGUGCCUGGUUUCGACCUGAAGUUGGUUUCUUAAAUCAUGAAAACAUGGAACCUGCUACUGGAAUCCUAAGAAUUCCAUCAACUACAUUUUUGAAGAGUUGUGUUAUCUGCAAUCAGACACAUGGUUCCUGCAUCCAGUGUUGCAAGUGUGCCACCUAUUUUCAUGCAAUGUGUGCAUCGAGAGCAGGAUAUUACAUGGAAUUGCACUGCAUAGAGAAGAAUGGGAUCCAAGAUAUAAAGAAGUUAGUAUACUGUGCUGUUCACAGGACACCAAGUCCAGAUUCUGUUGUAGUUGUGCGUACUGCUUCAGGGGUUUUUGCUGCCAGGAGCUUGCUUCAGAAUCAGAAUGGGUGUUUCAGUGGUUCAAGGUUGGUUUCAUCUAAGAGAAUGGAACUUCCUGAACCCUCUACCUCAGAGACUAAUAAGUAUGAGCCUCUCUCUGCUGCGAGAUGCCGUGCUUUUAAAAGAUCAUACAAUAAGAAGGCUGAACGGGAGCCAAUAUACCACCGACUGAUGGGACCAAGACAUCAUUCUUUAGAUUCAAUAAGUAGCUUGAGCACCUUUAAAGAAAUAGAAGAUUCUACUGUUUUCUCUUCAUUUAAGGAACGGCUUUACCAUUUGCAGAAAACUGAAAAUCACCGGGUUUGUUUUGGUAAAUCUGGCAUACAUGGAUGGGGUCUCUUUGCACGCCGUAACAUUCAAGAGGGAGAAAUGAUCAUCGAGUAUCGUGGUGAGCAGGUGAGGCGGAGUGUUGCAGAUCUGAGGGAGGCACAAUACCUUUUACAAGGCAAAGAUUGCUAUUUGUUCAAGAUCAGUGAGGAAGUAGUCAUUGAUGCCACCAAUAAGGGGAAUAUAGCUCGCUUGAUCAACCAUUCGUGUAUGCCCAACUGCUAUGCAAGGAUAAUGAGUGUUGGUGACGUGGAGAACCGUAUAGUUCUUAUUGCUAAAACUAGUGUCUCUGCAGGGGAUGAGCUAACGUAUGAUUACUUGUUUGAUCCAGAUGAGCAUGAUGAGUUGAAAGUCCCUUGUUUAUGUGGAGCUCCCAACUGUCGAAAGUUUAUGAAUUAAGUUGCACAUCUUGUAUCUUACUGUCUAUCAAAGCACCACAUCCAUCUUCUAACCCAAGAGGAAAUCUCUUUUUUUGAAAGAAACCAAUUUUAAUUAGAGGGAUUUUUUUUCCUUUCCCCCCAUUCUGAUAAUUCUGAAAGCCAUGUAAUUUUUAGGGUGCAAUAAAAUGUAAAUUCGAUUGCUUUUU